CAAAAGGAAAAAAAAUCCGACCCUUAGAUGAUAAUAAGAGGUCUGUCUGCUUUUAAUUGAAUAUUUGUAUGGCUCUUAUUUAUUUUUUUAUAGUUUAAUUGUUUUUGUUUAUAUUAUUAUUGUGGGGUGUGCAAGGUUUUUUUUUUAUUUCGUAAAACACGUAGCCGCCCCUCCUCUCUUUCUCUCGGCCUGCUGUGUCUUAGACUCAGAGCACUGUAAGAUGGCCGCCGAACAGCUGCGGAAGGAGGAGGCAACAGCCCAGAACUAAAGGCAAUGCACAACCAGGUAGAUGAAAAGUGAAGAAACAUGAGUCUUACAGUUUUACUGCUCAACAUGGACAAAAGAUUGAACUCGGCAACCUCUUAAUUUUUAAUACAUUUUCUAAAAUUAAAUUUUAUUUUUAAAUACCCAUUUAAUAGCACUAUGGCAAGUAAGCGUAAAUCUACCACACCUUGCAUGGUGCUUACUAGUGAUCCUGAUCCUGAUGUAGAAAUGAACUCGGAUGUGGAGGAAUGUCCCCCACAACAGAUACCAGUAGAGAACCCAGCUUUUGAGAGCAUAUCAAGUGAAGAUGAUGCACCACUAGAAUAUAAUGAAUUGGACGAUCAAAGUCAAACUGUUGAAGGUGGCUAUGAAUGUAAAUAUUGUUCAUUUCAAACUCCAGAUUUAAAUAGAUUUACAUUUCACGUGGAUUCUGAACAUCCCAAUGUAGUACUAAACUCUUCUUACUUUUGUGUGGAGUGUAAUUUUCUUACUAAAAGAUAUGAUUCUCUUUCUGAACAUAAUAUGAAAUACCAUCCUGGGGAGGAGAACUUUAAGCUGACAAUGGUCAAGCGCAACAACCAGUCAAUUUUUGAACAAACUGUUAAUGAUCUGACCUUUGAUGGCAGCUUUGUUCAAGAAGAGAAUCAAGAACAAUCAGAAUCUAACUCGCCUGGAAUUUCAAUCAGUAAAACUCCGAUUAUGAAAAUAAUGAAGGAUAAAUCUGAAAAGAAACGGAUAACAGUUUCACAAAAUGCUUUAGAGGAAAGUGAAGAAAAUGAUGUAAAACAAGAGAUUGAGCCAAACUUAGAAACACCGGAAGAGAAAGAAACACUGCCACUUCUAAUUGAUUCAGAACCAGUAAAAACAAUGAAUACUGUUAUUACUAAUACCCAUGAACUGUCAACUAACAUAGUUACUCCUGCUACUGUUUUUCAGUCUGGGCUUGCCCAAGUUAUAACUACUGUGCAGGCACAACAAAAUUGCAACAUGCUUUCAAAAGUCCUAAUACCCCUAAAUAGCAUUCCUUCAUAUAAUGCUGCCUUGGAUAGUAAUCCAGUUUUGCUGAAUGCUUAUAACAAAUUUCCCUACCCAACUGUUUCUGAGAUCACACUUCUUGCUGUCCACACAAAAUGCACAGAAGAGCAAAUUAAAAUCUGGUUCUCUGCCCAACGCCUCAAGCAUGGUGUUAGUUGGACACCUGAAGAAGUAGAAGAAGCUCGUAGAAAACAGUUUAAUGGUACUGUACACACCGUACCUCAGACAAUAACUGUAAUUCCUGCCCACAUUUCCUCAGCUACCAAUGGUUUGCCUUCUAUUUUACAGACAUGCCAAAUAGUUGGUCAACCAAGCCUUGUUCUGACACAAGUUUCAGGCACAAAUGCAUUGCCUGUGACUACACCAAUAGCUUUGACGGUGGCGGGUGUUCCAAAUAAUGCUCAAAUACAAAAAAAACAUCUUCCGCCCACCCAGCCUGUUACAGAAACCAAACAGAUGGCUGCUGUUCCAACUCCAAAGAUUACCAAGCAGGAACCGUCUACAGGUGACGUUUUUAAUAUAAGGGCAAAGAAAACAAAGGAGCAGCUGACUGCUCUUAAAAUAAGUUACAUAAAGAGUCAGUUUCCAAAUAGUGCUGAAAUUGAGCGCCUCAUCAGAGUGACAGGGUUGACCAAAGGUGAGGUUAAAAAAUGGUUUAGUGAUACACGGUACAAUCAAAGGAAUUCAAAGGGGAAUCAGGGAGCGUAUCUCCCUAACGAUAGUAACAGCACUAUAAUUAUUGAUUCUGAAGACCCACCUGAAUUAACAGUUUCACCACAUCGCAGUAGACCGAGUUGGAAUCCAUUACCAGAUUUUACCCCCCAGAAAUUCAAGGAAAAGACUGCCGAACAGAUUCAUGUACUUGAAGAGAGUUUUAAUAAAAGCCAUGUACCUUCAGAUGAGGAGUUAAACAACUUAAGGGGUCUUACAAAGCUCACACGAAGAGAAAUUGAUGCCUGGUUUACUGAAAAAAGGAAAUCUAUAGGUAUAAAAGUUGAAGACUGUGAACCUAAUGACAGCAACCCUGACAAUAAAACUAAAGAUGAUGAAAAUUCCAAUGAAGGUGGUACUUCAGAAUAUAAAUCAAGGACACCAAUUGGUUCAAAACUAGCAAAAAAGACUCCUGAACAGUUGCACAUACUAAAAAGUGCAUUUGUUCGUAGUCAGUGGCCAACACCAGCCGAGUAUGACAAACUGGCAGAGGAAUCUGGCCUUCCUAGGGGAGAUAUUGUGGGAUGGUUUGGAGACACUAGGUAUGCAUGUAAAAACCAUCUUUUAAGGUGGUGCUACGAAUAUCAGACUGGUAACGAAUCCAGUCCCAAUGUUAUGAAUGGGCAAAGCUUUUCACGCAGAAGAGGUAGAGGAAGACCACGAGGUAGAGGAAGGGGGAGGUCUCGAGGGCGGCCAAAAGGUCCAAGAAGAAUAGACGACUGGGACAAAUCAAAUCUACAAAUAAAAUAUAAAACUGGUAAAGCUGCGCUAAAAGACUACUAUAUUAUGCACAAAUUUCUCAAUGAGGAAGACCUUGAUGAACUGGUUGCUAAAUCUCAUAUGGGUUAUGAACAGGUGAGAGAGUGGUUUGCUGAACGGCUUCAAAGAGAGGAUGCUGGUUUGGCUCCUUUUGAUGAUGAUGAUGAUGAGGAGGAGGAAGAUAUGUUAGAUGAUCAAGAGGAGGAUGAAGAGAUUGUAGAAACAGAUGAUAGUGAUACCUGGGAGCCACCUAGACAUGUCAGAAGGAGACUUUCAAAAAUGGAAGAUUAGCCUGAAUGGUAAGCUAGCUUGAAUAAAAGCGACAAAAUCCUUUUCUACUGUGAAGUGAAUGGGCCUUUUCUGAUUAGAAAAGUAAGCAUUUCAGUGGACAUCUACAGAGCUUGAGCUCUCGGCUUGGUGAAGAAGCAGUACUGCUGUGCCAAAGUCAUGCAACGCAGUUGGAUUUUACUGUAAAUAAAAUUUAUGUGGGCAACACAUAACCUGUACAUUUCAAAUUUUAAUACAUUUUUACUGAUGUGAGACGAAACUUGUCUUACACCUGCUUAUGUAUGGUUUAGAAGCUGGAAUAGCAGACAAUACAGUGACCACUAGUUGUUGUUGUUUUUUGUUUUUUUCUUAGCAUUAGUUGUAUUUUUGGUAAAAAAAAAAGAAAAAAAUGCUUUUACAGUAUGUGUAAUAAAUGUUCAACGACCAAACAUUAAUUCUGCAAAGACCUAAAAAUAUUCUAAUCAUUUUUUAGCAUUUGUUAGCUUCACAUUAGUUGAAUUUGUUUUUUUUUUUUAAUGCAGACUUCAUAAUGAACCUAUUUGUUAAACCUACAGCGAAAUUAAAGAUGCAGUUCUACUUAAUAGUAUAUUUUGUUUAGAAACAAUUACUUUUUAUCUUAAAGUAUUGCAUGUUUCAGAAUUAUUUAAAAAUGGCUUUAAAUGUGAUUUUGUUUUAAUGUAUUGCAAAAAAGAACUGCUUGUUUAUUUUUUUUCCAAACUUGUGAAUUAUUUGUGCCUUUUUUUUUUUUUUUUUUUUUACACAACAAUAUUGCACAUUAGCAUUACUUUAUUCGUUCAACAGUAUUUUUUGUUCCUUCAUUUUAUUGUACCAAGAGAAUACUAUUAAGUGGGACUGCACCUGGAUUGUUGUAAAUGCAGUACAACAGAAGGAUAAAAUGUAUCUUGACAAUUUGAUCAUAAUUUUAAUCAUUCACCUAUUUUGUGCUCAGUGAACAAAGUGACAGUAAAAUUAUCAAUUUUAGAACUGUUCCUCAUUGUCUAAAAUCAAUUUGAAACUUGAAAAUGCUUUGUAUUCCACUUAUAUUUUUUAUAAAUGCCAAACCUCAGUGUAACUUUAUAUAUGGAAUCUAAAUUAUGCAGUUUAUAAAAGUGGCCAUAGAACGUACACAUUUAUGUUGCAUGAAUAUUCAUCUGACUUUUUAAUGUUCUUCAAGCAGAACAAUGAAUUUGCACAUUGCAUGUAGACAUCUGACCUUAAUUACACAAACACAAGAGGUUUAUAUUUAUUAAAGGCCAAGCUAUUCUAAUGUAAAUUACGCCUUUUUAAUAAUGAAAGAUAACUGGUGAAUUUGUUAGUAUGUCAAGUUGAAACGGAUAACUUAGUUGGACAAUUUUCUGAAUGUGUUAUGGAGCUAUAAUGUGAUGUGUUUUUAAGGUCAGGGGGGUUGCGGAAUCAGAGUACAAUCAUAAGCCUCCCAAUUGGAGGCUACAGAAAUGUUAUUAGCUAUGUUUUGUCGUCACGUGCACAGGGUGUCUUUGAUCAUGUCUGCUUGUUUUAUUUUUAGUCUCUUGUAGGUUUCCGGAAUUUUGACCAAGUGUUUGCGCAAUGGUUAAAAUACACACCUUUUGUUUCUGUGAUGCCAAUUAUUGAAUUUUAAACCACUGGUUUUACAUAGUUAUUUUAUGUUUUAACAACGUUGGAGUUUACCAAAAUGAUUCUUUCUAGAAACGUAUCUUAAAAUAUCAAAAACAUGAUUUUUAUUAAAAUGUUUUAGCAUUAUAAACUGCUUAUGAGAUUAUUCCAACAAACAGGGAUGUUCUCUUUGUUCGAAAACAUUUGUACAAUUAAAAGAUCAUGUAACUGUCAUUUUUUUGUAAUUAUGCUUUCAGAGAGCUGCUUGUUUUGUCAUCCCAAAUAUUUUUCUUCAGAGAAGAAAUAAAUACUGUUGCAACUGUU